AUAUAUCUAUUUACAUAUAUAUCAGUAUAUAUUAAUAAAUCUCUACGGUACAGUAAAAGAUUCUAAAAAUUUUCGUCGGGUGCAUUCGAUUUGAUUCGAGGAUUUAUCUAUUCCGUAUCGUAUUCUAUAUAACAGUAUUACACCACAGUGGGGAGCAGCAGCAGCGGUAAUGGUAGAGCAGUAAAAAAAAAAACUCUUUUGUUUGUUGAAUUUAAUUGAAAUUUCUCCAACUCGGAAUUUCUUUGCAAGCACCUGUUGCUACGUGCAUUUCUCAAGCGUUUUCUGUGCGUCUUUUGUGCGUUUUGGGUGGAUCCUGCGCGGCUUCUGAGCAGGCUAACGAGCGUUUUCUGUGCGUUUGCUGUGCGUUUAUUACUGUGGGGGAUUCGCGCGCGGGCAAUUCUACAUCGACGCGACUGCAUCAAGCGGAUGUCUGCAUCUUUGCUUGGAUCUAAUGCAUUUUUGUUUAAUUUUGUUUUUUUUUUUUAUUUUCGUGAGAGUGCAGAGUGCAACAACAAAUACCAACCAACAACAAAAUAAAGUGAGUGGUUGGGAGUUCAUUUUGAAUAAAAGUUAAUUUAAACAACAAAAGCAGCUACAGGAAAAUCAAAGCAGUGGCAGAGGAAAAGCAGAGGAUAGUUAGAUAUCAUCUAUGAUAAUUGACGAAAAAUAUUGUGCGGACUUUAAUACCCAAUAUAUCGUAAAUAAGAUUUGUUAGCGUCAAACGGAAUCGUUGCCAAACGGAAACGGAAGUGAAGCCACACCACAACCCCAACCACGCAAAACGCCCCACCGACCAGUGAGGGAAGACGGUAGACCAGAGGGAGAGGGAGUCAUCUGGAAGGGGAGGAGAAGCAUAUAACUGGCGAAGCAGACAAACAGUUGAAUAAUGCAAAUUAAAAUACAAUAAAAUGUAAAACACAACAGCAACAAGCUGGUGGAAAAUAGCAAGAAAAAGCACUAAAGUCACGCGAGUGAAGAGGGGAGAGUGAAGAGCGUGGAGAGUGGGUGGUGUUAGAGGUUGAAAUGCCCAAAAAUGCGUGUGGCGGCAACUUUUCCACUGAAUUGAUUUGAGCGGCGGCAACCAGUGCGUAUACGCGAUACGCGCUCUGUUCUGCGUUGCGUAUACGCGAUUUAAGACGGAGACGGCAAGCGAGAAUUUACAUAAUUUUGCUGCCGUGGCAUAAAAAACAUCAAAAACAAAUUGCAAGUAACAAAAGAAACGGCCAUAAAAUGGCGCCAGCCUUGUAAAAAUAUAGCAAACGGAAAAAAGCAAAGGAAAAUAGAAGGAGAGAUAUCCUUACUGCCCGCUCAAAAUUAAUUUAUGCAGCGGCAGCAGCAGUAGCAGCAAACACCAAAUCAAAUACAAAUACGGAAAAAAUAAUAGCAAUUAAAGCAGCGGACGAGGCCGCGAGAGGUGGGAGUACGCGCGAGUGAAUCGCGGGCCAAACGCAAGAGUCACAAAAGAAAAGGGUUCGCGAGGGUUGCCUAUAAAUGUACCAAGACAGCGGCUGCAGCAGCAGUAGCAGUCGACGUGGCAGCACCAGUGCAACAGCAGCAGCUGCAGCAGCACCAGGCGCUGCAACAGCAGGGGCUGCAACAGCAACAGGAACCAGCAGCAGCGACGAGGAAACCCUCGAGACACUCACAAUUAUAACCACAACCAUAACCGAGACCGAAAUCACUGCGGCUGCCACCACGGCAACGGCUACAGCGACAUCCACAACCACAACUGUUAUAGCCACAUCGACGGCAACGGCAACAACAGCCGCAACAUCAACAGUUGCAACCAGCGACAUCGACGACAGCAGCUUGGCGGAGAGUGAGAGCGACGAGUGCGAGUACAUUGAGAUCGAUUGCCAGACAGCUCAAGGAUCUUCGGGCAACUGCAGCACCAGCAGUGGCAGCGGCAAGGGUAAUGCCGUGCUGCAACGUGGCAACCAGCAGCAACUCCAGCAUCCACACUCGCACCAGCAACAGUCAGCCACCACGCUAGGCGCCGAUGUGCGGCUGCUGCGCAAGAUCGGCUAUAUAGCAUCUCGGGUCCGAGGCCUGUCCAAAUUCUACGGCGACUUCCACCUGGUCAAUCCGUACAGCGCUCGUCGCCAACGCCGCCAGCUGCAGGAUAUCCUGCUAAAGCACUCGAUCUUCGAUCCGGGCAAGGAGCGGGAGCGCGCCGUUCUUUUGGCAGCUGCCGCAGUGGCAGUUGGAGCAGCAGUCCAGCCAGCAGCACCACUUCCGGGUAACAGCAGCAGCAGUAGCAUCGAGGCGGCCAGCAGUCACAGUCACAGCCGGAGUCGCAGUCGCAGCAGCGACCUGGAGGAGGAGGAGGAGCCCGAAGAGGAGUCACCCAACGAGGAUCCGUUGGAGCAGCCUGACGACACGGAAGCAGCCACCAUACCAGCAGGAGCAUCAGGAGCAGCAGCCACAGCAACCACCACCACAACAACAACCACGACCACGACUGUUCGUCGCAAGUCCUCGAGCAGCUCGACGUUAAGCGGAGCGGCCGCCACCGUUUCCGGUUCCGUGUCCAUUUCGGCCUCCGCCUCGCAGUCGUUCACCUCUACCAGUACUCCCAUCAACCUGCUGGAGGAGCUACUUAUCCAGUUCUACGAGGACCAGGACCAGCACCGCUGCAAGCUGACCGUCAUUCGGCACCAGCGCGUCUGCAACUCCCCGGACACCACCAACAACAACUGCAAUAACAUUUACAACAAUAAUAAUAACAACAACAACAACAACAACACCACCACCACCACCGGCCUGGCCCUCACCAUGUCCACAUCCAUGUCGAACAUGCCAGUCACCAGCCCGGACAAUCAGCAGCAGCAGCAACUGCCCGGCAGCUCUACCAGCCAGGUGCCAGGGGCUGCCACAAGCACCGCCUCCUACUUGCAGCCCACCAGCCUGCCCGACGACAGCGAGAACCCCCGGCGGCGCCGCGCCAGCGAUUGCUCGGCGGUACAGGCGGCUCAAGCGGCGUUAUCGAAUCAACUGCACUGCAUUACGCUGAAGAACAAUAACUGCGCCACGGCGACGGGGAAGCUGCCCUUCCACCGCGGCAGCUGCGGCGCAGCCGGGGAGCACCUGCUCGCGGCCAACUCGAUCGCCAAUCGAGCCACCAUCAUUCUGAGUAAGUCCUGCAGCAAUGUGGACGGCGGUGGCACCGGCAUGGGCAUGGGCAUCGGUGUCGGUGUUGGAGUGGGCGUAGGCGUCACCAACCAAAUGCGUUCCAGUGCCACAAACAUCGAGUCGAAUACCCUGAACGGAGCCCAGGACGCCAUGGCCACCAUUGCCGCUGCGGCAGCCUCAAACAAUGGCAACGGCAACAACGAGUACAGCAUCCUUCAACUGAACAACACGAUCAUUCAAUGUCACUUCAACGAUGACGAUUUCCGCGCCCUGGUCAAGGAUCUCAAGCGCAAGGUCGAGUACACUGAGCGCAUGAAUUGGUUAUGUCUCUCCAAACGGCCAUUGGGACCGCCACAUCGUAAAAGCAGUCUACCAAAGCAUCAGGAGGUGAAGCGUCGUUUCCUGGAAAUUUGUGAUACCAAUUUCUCGGACGAAGUAAAGGCCGCCCUGCGCCUGCCCGCCUUCGAUUCGUACGAGUGGGGCGACGCCGAUGUCAUCCACCUGAUGCAGACCAUGUUCAUCGAGCUGGGAUUCAUUGAGAAGUUUAGCAUUCCUGCGGAGACGCUUCGCGAGUGGCUCUACGAGGUCUACAAGCACUAUAAUGAGGUUCCAUUCCACAAUUUUCGCCAUUGCUUCUGCGUUGCCCAAAUGAUGUACGCAAUUACUCGCCAAGCGAACCUGUUGAGCCGCCUUGGCGACCUCGAGUGUCUAAUCCUGCUGGUGUCCUGCAUCUGCCACGACCUCGAUCAUCCAGGCUACAACAACAUAUACCAGAUCAAUGCCCGCACCGAGCUGGCACUCAGAUAUAACGACAUCUCACCGCUGGAGAACCAUCACUGUUCGAUAGCAUUCCGUUUGCUGGAGCAUCCCGAGUGCAACAUAUUCAAGAACUUUGGCCGCGACACCUUCAACACCAUACGUGAGGGCAUAAUUCGCUGCAUCCUGGCCACCGACAUGGCCCGUCACAAUGAGAUCCUCACACAAUUCAUGGAGAUAACGCCCAUCUUCGACUACAGCAAUCGGGCCCACAUCAAUCUACUCUGCAUGAUUCUCAUCAAGGUGGCGGACAUUUCGAAUGAGGCCCGACCAAUGGACGUGGCCGAGCCGUGGCUGGAUCGCCUGUUGCAGGAGUUCUUUGCCCAGAGCGCCGCCGAGAAGUCGGAAGGAUUGCCGGUAACGCCAUUCAUGGACCCGGAUAAGGUAAGCAAGCCAGGAUCUCAGGUGCGCUUCAUCGGUCUCGUUCUGCUGCCCCUCUUCGAAGCUCUCGGUGAGCUGGUGCCAGAGCUCACGGAGCUCAUCAUCAUACCAGUGCGCAUUGCCCUGGAGUAUUACAGACGCCUAAACGAUGCCCAAACCAAGACGCGGAAGUCCGUUGCCGACAGUAACACUUCGGACAGCAACAGUGGCACUAUGGACUCCAACGCAGCCAUGGUGAGCACACCGGGAGCGUCAGGCGACAAGAUGAUCAUAGACAAAGGCCACGGCAGCACCCAGGGCGGAGGCGCCGGCGGUACCACUGGCAGCAUCUCCCCCCAAAUGCCACGCUCUGGAUCCGGUAUUAGUGUGAAAUCGCGGCGUAGCAUCCCCUCGCAGAAGUCCGCCUCACGCACCUCCGUUGAUGAGCCCGGGGGCAUGGCAGCCGAGCUGCACGAUCUGCCCGAGGGAAGCGAAAGCGGCGAUUCGGAGACGGCCACCGAGGUGGAUGUUGCCGAGAAGACCUCCAAGUUCAAAGUAGACACGGAGGGCAGCAGCAACCGGAGCAAGUCGUCGCACUCGAACUCGCGCAAGUCGUCGCGCGAGAAGCGCCCAUCGAUGAUCGGGGAGCUGUGCAGUAGCGGCGGGGGCCAGCGCAUACGCAACUCCUACGGCAACAUCCACGGCUAUCACACCAAUCGCUGUCACUUCGGCAACAAUAGGGCCGUGAGUCUCGACCAGUACAGCAGUGGCCACAGCCGGCGUCUGUCCGACGGUCUGCCCCAGGUGAUCUCCGAUAGCAACGUAUUCUACGGACGCCACCACCAACGCAGCGGCCCCGAGUCAGCUGGAGCUACAGCCACACAGCGUGGCCAAGAGGACACCAAUGCCAACACGAGUGCCGGAGCCGGAGGAGGAGCCAGAGCUGGCAACAAUAUCCAGCUGAAUGAACUGCUGGCCCGCACCGAAGCGGACUCAGAUGCGGAUGGCGAGAUCAGUGCCGCAGAGAUUCUGGCGUCGGCAGCAGCAGCAUCGUCACCGGCAAGUGUCCCCCUGUUGGCAGAUGUCGCGGCAAGCGCCUCCUCCAAUGGCAACGUGUCGCCCAGUGGACAGCAGCUGGAGCAGAUCGGGUUGGCCAGCAACGGCGGUAGCAGCAGUCGGGCCACGCCCAGUGCCAGCCAGGCCGGAGUCACCGCAGUGUCGAGUGUUGUCGCCAUGGCCGGCGGAGCGAUUGGCGGAGCCGGUGGCAGCUCCGGUGGCUCCGGCUCCGGUUCGUGGAAGUCGCGGCUGCGUCAGUUCUCAGACUACUUCAGCUUCAGCUUUGACAAGGGCAACAAGCGCUUUGGCAGCACCCGCAGCAGUCCCUGCCAUGGUCGGGCCAACAACAAUGGAACCGGACCCGCACUUAGUACCGGCGACAGCAGCAGCGCUUUGGAUGCGGCCAGAGGAGGAGGUUCAGGACUAGAAGCUGGUUCUGGGCCUGGAAUGAGUGGCGGUAAGCCGCCGUCCAUAUGCUGUACCAUUUCGAAUAGCCAGCAAGCGACCUCGGGCGGAGCUGGAGCUGUAGGUGGUGGAACGAUGCACCGUCAUCGGGCCUACAGCCUGGAUGUGCCCUGUAGCCGCGACCCGGGAGUGACACGCCACUCGUCCAACGACAGCAGCCGCCAGUCGUCUCGCCACGACGACAGCAACAACACGCUGCACAGUGCAGGCGGUGGAGCCGGCGAGGUCCCCGGUAUACGCAUCGCAUCCGUGGACGGGGUCGUGGUCAUUCCACCCAGCCUCAGCGUUGAACUGGAGCUUGGACUGGCCAGUGCCUCCUCUUCGGAGGUAGUGCCAAAGAUUUGACAACAGGGGAGCACCUACGACUCCAGCACCGAAAAGACAGCCACCAAUAUCUCGCUGUCCCACCCGGUGCCCAUCCUGGCCCUCCUCCCGCCGGAGGACAUCGAUGACGAUGAGGAUGCGGAAGAUCCGGAGCACCAGCUACAGCCGGACGCCGCCAGCAACUGCGAGGUCUCCGCCAUAUCCAUUACGGUAUGGUCAGCCAUCGGGCAGCGGCUCAACGCCCUCGUGUGCCAUUGCUGCGAGCGCAAGUUGCCGGAGCCCGAGAAUGUCUAAAUGACUUGCCCCCCAGAGGCACCCCCGCCCGUGACAGCAGCUGUUGGAAGGUUUGGCAGUCGACUGUUGUUUUAAUCGAUUUUUCCUCUCCUUGUUUUUUGUUUACCACUUAAGUAUUUUUUUAUUUAUGUACACCCACACAUACAUACACCCACACAAAUAUAUACUGCAUAUAUAUACCACAUUCAAUCGAUAACUGAUCCACAUCAACCCUAAAUAUGAUUGGCAUCUAGAGACUUCUUCUACCUUUUGGUUACCCGAAGAUCUAGUUAUAGAUCUACAGAAAAGUUUAUUCACAAAUGUCCGCUCAGACCGGCCGAUAAAUAUAGUAAUUGUAAGAAACAAAAAAUACCUCUUUUUAGAGAAUUUGUGAAGACGAAACUUUUUAUGGAUAUAUGUAUCUCUCGAUUAUAUGUAGGGCCAGUUCGGCGAAUUCGAAACAUUCAAAAACCUGAGGCAGUCCCGACUAUUGAUCGGCCCAAGUGCAAUCAAAAAGUAAUAUUAUUUCGAAAAAAGUGACGGAAAAGUGUGUGGCCAUUUCUUAAGAGUAUAGCCCCUAAUCAGAAAAUAGCAUACCUUUGUCGACAGCUUUGAAUUCGAACAGCCGAUCGCAAGCAAAAUCAAAAAAUAAAAUUAAUAUAAUGACAAAAGGAAAACCAACUCCCAGAUACCCUCAAGGCCACUUUUUUAAAUUAGUUUCAUCAGCCUUUUCUCGUUAAAAUUUCAAAGUAAUUGGAUCCGAGAAUUUCGCGUUACAUAUUGUCUUCGGCUUGUUCUUCUACUAUAGUCUCUGAGCCGGCCAUUUCCUGAGCAUUUUACCAUUUUACCAGAAGCCCGAAAUAGUCUGAGCCCAGAUGUUAGGCCCUGUGAAGAGUCGAACGCCAUGCCCUCCAAGUGGCUACCGAGGCGCACUGAUUGCCAGACAUCAGCGUGGGUCCCGGACCCAGACCCAGUCCCAGUUGCAGUUCCAAUCUCGUUUUCAUGCGAAAUUCACGAAUAAUUACGCAAAACAAAUUUUUUGCCAUUGCGAAUGCAGUGGGGCUUGGCCUUUCAUUCGGAGUUGCAAUCUGGCCAGCCAUAGUCCUUGGUACCAGGACCGACGUCUGCCUAAUUCCAUUUGUCAGUUGCGCGGUUCGAUGUUGCUUUUUCCUCCCCUAUUUCUGGUUGCUUUUUUGUUUUUGCAUCCCCCCAGUCCCAGCCGAGUCCCAAUCCUAUUCCCACUCCUGCAGUCCCUAGAAAGUCAUCAAGUUUUUGGCAGGAUGGCCGCAGGAGCGACUUUCAUGGUGAUACAAUUGGGUUUUUACAGCUGCCGAAGCUGGAGCCGAUUCUCAUGCUGGCUCUGAUGCAGUCCGGUGUUUAUGUUGUUGUUGCUGAUGACAGCACUCAAUUAGUGGGUGGAUAGUGAAUUGCAGUUACUACAUAGAAGAAGCAAUGUGUGAUUACAUUGACAUUUUCACGAUUUUGAUUAUUCACGAAAUUCGGUUGCAAUUUUCAGCUGCUGCUGUGGCGGGGGCUGGGGUCGGGUACUGGGUCCAUGGCGAGCCCCCCCGAAUAUCAAUUUGCGAGUUUCGAAUCUCCUCGGAACGAAUGAAACAAACUCUAUCCACAUAUCCAGCGAAUGGGGCAUAGGAGACCAGGACCUGUCAUUAUUGUCUAUGUAAAUUUCUGUAUGUAAUUAUGUUAAGUAUAGCUCUGCACAUACACACACCAGAACACACUAACUCGCAUUCACAGGAGGGCUCUGUAUGUGCGAACUGAUGAAAUGUGCUGCCUACUUUUCAGGGAAAACUUUGAGCGGCAAUGCCGAUACUUUGAUUCAAUUAUAAACCAGACAGCAUCGAGUUUCGAAUAAUCAAAUUAUGGAAUUCUAGAUGGAAUACAAUAUAUUGUACGAGUAAAUGGAAGACGGAAGUUAGAAGUUAGGAUUAGCCGAGCUGGCCCUUGGUACACAUUUAAACCGUAAAAGAUGUAUGUAUUUUUUUGGUCAAACUUAAGCUAAUGAGCAUUCAAUUGGCGACGGACCUGAAGAAGGCUUAGGUCGAAGCUACAGUUUAGCUUAAGUUACAGCUAAUACCAAAGUCAAUGGGUGUUUACUUGAUGUACAUUUAAGUGUCUAGCAAAUCGCAACCUUAUCGAGCAGAACAUAUUAACUAAUUGUGCAUUGUAAUUGCAGCCUCUGUGUAAUUUUUCCCUUUACAAAAAAUGUGUGUUGAAUUUGAUGUUAAUACUGAUAUUGAUGUUGAUGUUGAUGUUGACUCUGGUGUCUUAAGUGCAUGUGAAUAUUUGUUGCAGAGCAUAAGUCAUUGAAUAGUAUACAGUACGUAUGGUAUAGCCGCACAGGAUUGGUGGGAACAGUGGGUGGAACUCGCGAGUUCCGAUCGCUAUGCGGGUCUGCUAUACGCGUAGUUAGACUUUUGAGGACGGCUGUCUAGUCGUUGGAUUAACGAACGUAUUGAUGUAGGUACAUACAAUUAUCUUUACCAAGAUCAACCAAGAGAAUUUCGAUUCCUACAUGUACUCGUGUUUUGAUGUGUAUGGCUGUACCUAAAGCAAAUUAAAGUCUAGCGACCUACUCGUAUUCCAAAUUACAUAGCUAACACAUCAAAUUGAUUUGUUGCCUUAUACUAUUGUACUACUGAUUCUACUACCACUAUACGACCACUGCUGCGUUGCAGCUGUGUUGGUGAGCUUUCGAAGCCUCGGCCGUACGCACCGCCGCCGGACCUGAUUGAGACGUGUGCGUUUGAGUCGUUGCUCUCCGAGUCGCAGCAUUUUAUACUUAUAUUUACUCGUAUGGAUGCAUAUUGUUUAUGGCCCCAACUUCCCUACUUCCCUUGUUUUGAAUGAAAAAGAUAAAGACUAAAACUUGAAUUUAAACGAAAAUCAACAAAUGCAAAACAAACAACUUUCCAAAAAAACCAAAACAAAUAAAAUGUAAAAAAAAUAUAAAAAAUAUAUUUAUCUUAAAGAUACCACAACUACAAAUCAUACAAAAAGAAACUCUAGGUGUUUUACAAAUGUAUAAAAAAAAAUCAAAUGAUAACAAACCCAAAGGAAUAACCAAAUGUAAGCCAUUUUAAGUAUAAUUAAACUAGUUUAUACAUAACUUUUAAAGAAACAAAAACCCAAACCCAAACAUAUUUGCAGACCAAGCAAGAUCUUGGCAAAGAACAACGCGAGAGAAGGUCCUGAUUCGGCUGGCCGAACCAAAAUAUACCCCUGCAAUGAAUUAUAUUUCACAUGAGUAUUAGGGGAUAUUUUGUAGCCGUAUGUUACUGAUGGGCUUUUGGGCAUAUCCGUCAGAUCAGAUGACCACGACCACGUUUCUUUUGUGAAAGCUUCUUUCCUAAUCGAUCAUUUCUAGAAUAGCUAUAGAAUAUUACUGGCGGAGUCCAAUGAAAAGACCGCAGCAAGAUCUACACAGGAAUUAAUGAUGACACCCUUUGCAGGGGUAUUUUACAUCAUUUUCGGUGUUCAAGAAUACUCGUAUAUUAAGUGUACUUUCUGGCAGUCAAUUAAACGCUUUCCCUCUUCCGAAAGUUGGUAGAGAGCGAUGUGGCCCACAACUUAUGGAUCUGAUCUGAUCCGUGUAUCCGGGCCGGUAUAAUAAGUUCCAAAGGCAAAUGUUUGUGUGUACCUAUGACAUAUUUGAAUACUUAGACAAGGAUAUGAGCAAUUUGGACCAACUUGACUAAACUCACCCCCUAUGCCACUAAGCAAAAACAGAAAGCAGAUACAGAUACUCUUUACUCGUGCAUAUGUAUGCAUGCGUAGAUGUAACAGACGCACACACGAACACAGACAAACGGACACACACAGACAUAAUCUUUGUAACAGUAGGAGUAGCACUACAUAUCGCCUUAACUGCAAGUGCGUAGGUCUCUACAAAAAUGACCUGUCGUCAAAACGAGCAGAGAGCAACACAAACUAACUUAUUAAAGAGCAGAAAACAAGAAAACCGAGAAGAGAGGUGGCAUCUAUAAUACCAAACAGUAAAACAGAAAGACAAGAAAAUAAUGAAAUAAUGAAAUAGGGAGCUAUAUAACAAAAAAUGCAGCAAUGUUCCCAUUUUGACUUUCGUUUCCGUUCUGCGAUCUCACAUUCAUAUGCAUUUUUUUGUUAGUGCUAUUAUUUUCUAACGUAAACAUAUCGUCUGUCAACUGAACCAUACAAUAUAUACAUAUAUACAUGUACAUAUACAUAUAUGGCUCCAAUUUUAACAUUUGAACGAAUCAAAUCCGCUGAGUAAAAUAUAUACAAUUUCCGAUCUAAAAUUUAAGAUUUUCAUCUAUUUCCGAAUGUGCGAUUUGGCGAAGCAAAAUUCGGCUGAUUCGGGAGAAAGUGAAAAUGGGAACUUGCCUUUUGUCCAUACCAGAGCUGCAGAGAGGUAGACGGGGAUGAUGAUGGGUGCAAAGUGAUUAUUAGGCAUUAUUAUGGAUCUACAACGUAGAGCGUUCAAAUACACAUUGGAUCGACCUACAUAAAUACAUCUUACCCUUUAUAAUUUCCUACGUAACUUACAAUGCAGCUAAAGAGCAUACAAAAAACUAAAAAAUUCAAGAGAAAAAUUGCAAAACGGUUUCCAACAAUAAAACAUUCUUAAACACACACACACACACACACACUCAAAUUUUCUGAGUGCGUGGCUUUAUAGGAGCUUAAAUUUGUCCAAAUGCACCUUGGGCAUCCCCAUCCUCAAGCAAAGACAAACUCAAGGACACAGCCAAGUAGCUUCUCAACAAAUGUGCAAAGAGAGAAUUAUAAAGAUAGGGGAAUAGAGCGACGCUUCAAAGAGCCCCCUUAAAAAAGUGCUUCUCGCAGGAGAAGAGAAUUUAUAGAGAAUCACCUUAUCCGCUGAGCUGUCCCCUGUGUCAGCGUCAACCACCGAUAAUGGACCACACAAAUGCAUGAUCCACACCCGACGAUACCCCCCAAAUGUAUCCCUGACAUAGUGCUCUCCUCCAGACUCGAUAAAAAAUGUUUCAUACGAUUCCACUACUAAAACUAAAACUUUAACUUUAACUAAGUCUACUAAUAUGUGUAAUAGUGACCCUCCUGACAAAGCCUUUACUUCAAAAAACACACAACAAAAUACAAAGACUAACGUUUUAAUAUACAAACCCAAAAAUAAAGCUAAACAAACAAAAAAUAAAGUAAAACUUUAAAUUAAAUUUUAAGCAAGAAAAAAUAAACCAAACAAAAUUCAGCAACAGCACUCUUCGGCAGGCCGAAGCUUAGAUGCUCUCUCAACGACCGCAUAUGUACAAAUGUACACAAACUCACACUCACACAGCCGUAAAUAGAAAGCUACAUGUAUUAUAUAUAUAUGCCUGAUCUACUUGCUCUUCAGUGUACUAGAAACGGUUUUUUCUCCUCAUUCUGAAAGAGAAUCCAACACAGAAAACACGAGGCCUGGGAUACCCUUGCGAAAUGUAUGAUAUAUGUACGGAUGAAGUGAUACGAUAUCCAAACUCGAAGGCUAUUGAUGAUCAACGACCAAUUGGCGAUACAAUUUCUGCUUGGGUGUCCGUUCCUUGUAAUAUCGUAUAUGGCUUUUGCAGGGGUAUUACAACGCCAUAUACACUUUCAAGUUUUAUGUCAAUGAAUCUGAUCGAUAUAUACAUACAAUAUAUAUACUAUAUACAUAUACCGAAUAGAACUAUACAUACAUAUAUACAAAUAGCUAUAAAUUUUAAGAAAACGCAAACCAAUUCAGAGUGCAAGCACUCCUCCCAGACAAACCGUGCAGAAUCCGUGCAAAUCGAGAGGAAACUUCUUGCAACUCUGGUAAUUCUGGUAACUCUCUGGUAACACAUAAACAGUGGGGCAUAGAUCCAUGGAUCCCCUAACAGAAUUAUGAAAAAGAUACUUAAACAUUUUACCCGACUCUAUUGUGUUGUUUAAGCUACAAAAAAAGUAUAUAUUUAAAGGCAGAACAAAGAAUAAGUGUAAAUUAAUUAAAUAUGCAUGCAUGCAACGGCAACCUGGCCACCCUGUAACGUGUGCACUUGGCAACACAGCAAUCAGCAAUGCCCCUCCACUCCCCAAAGCCCCCAAAACCCUAAGAACUAUAUAUAUAUUAUAUUGAUAUUUUUCUGAUCGAAAGAAAAUAAUUCUGAGAAGACACCAAAGAGUAAAGAAAACCAGAGUAAAUUCUAUGUAUACAAUGAAAAAAUCCAAGCCUAUACCUAUACAUAUAUGUACAUAUACAUAUAUACAUAAAUACAUACAUGGAUGUAUUAUAAAACUCUUGGCACACUGGAAUCGCGGGGGAACGGAACCCCCCUGAAACUCAAAUCAAAUCACACACCCCACAUCCAUGCCCAAAAUAAGCGAUAGGGAAGCCACAGGAAAACUAAAAUACAUUCUAUGAAACUUUUCCCAAAAUGCAUUUAAGUGGCACACAAAUAUUUAAAUGAGAUCAAUGAAAGCAACUUGUAUUUAACAAUUAAGCUAUGUCCAACUCAGAUAAUGGCGCUCACACACAGAUACAGACAGAAUUACAGAGAAACGGACAGCCGGUACACACUGCAUACGAAUACGAACGAACCUAUGAGACAAACAUAUACAUACAUUAACGAGGACAGAAACACUCUCCCUCUCACACACACAAGUAUUUUUGUGUAAACGUUUAGAAACAGAAAAUAUGAAACUAAUGAAUGAAUAUGAAAUACAUUGAAUAAAAUAAUUUCCAAACUACUUAU